AUGCAUCCCUCCACCAUCCUCGCUUUCUUCUUUGCCGCCGCUGUCACGGCUUCUCCUCUCAUCAACCGCCAGACAGUCGCCUCAGGCAACGAUGGCUCCGGGGACCAGAGAGUCGGCAAUUCCGGUCAGAACAGUGGUAGCGCUGCUGCCAACAAAGGAAAGAUCUCUGGCGACUACACCGUCGAGCAGGGCGUCCAGACCUGCGGAAACGCCCAGCUUAACUGCUGCAACAAGGUCGAGAAGAUGGGUGAUACUAAAAAUGCCGGUGUCUUGGGUAGUGUCUUUGGUAGCGGUGAUGUCGGCGUGCAGUGCACCCCUAUCAACGUGCCUCUUGCGAUCGCUCUCCAGGUUCCUAUCAACAAGGCUUGCGACGCAAAGGCCGCUUGUUGCCAGGGAGACAACACUCAGAACGGUGUUGUCAAUGUUGGAUGUGUUGCCCUUACUUCUCUCAUUUAG